UCUUUAAAGUGACUAUGACGUCACAAAUCUUCAGAGCAAUCUUGUCGUGUAGUUUUAUGUACACGAUUUUCGCCUUGCUGCGUGAAAAAGUGCUCUAAGUUCUGGUUUAUACCAGACAUUGCGAGAUUUAAUUGGUUGACGCAUUUGUCGACCAAGUCAAGAAAGUGAUCGUGGUUUUUGAGGAUCAAUUUGCAAGUAUUAAAGUUGCAAAAUGCCGUUGAGAGGCCCGGGCUUCAACCAGCCGGUAACGACGGCAGUCUUGUCCGUCGCCGCCGUGGCAUAUAUGCUCUGGAUCUUAUUUGCAGAAGACACAGAGAAGACAGAGAAGAAGAGCGAGAAGAAGACAGAAGACGUCCCCCGCCCGCGGGAACCCAGGACGAUCCUGCUGCCCAAACUGUCGCUUCGUGACUUCCGAAACGAUGAGUAUUUGUACGGCGAGGAGGGAGAAUAUGAGACAAUUGUCUUGGAGGAGUGGGUCGACAAGUAUGACGGACCCUCAUCGGCCUACUCCCGUCGUCCCUUCCCGACGGAAAGCCACAGCUGGCCCACGGUAGCCCCGCCCUACCGUCCCGCGGUCCCACAGCCCCGCUCCCGCAAGCCUGACCGCCGUCCUCCCGGCAAGUGCGGCCCUAGCGCCAUCGGAAGCAACUGCUCCAUCUUCGGGGAUGGAGACCUCUUCUCCGCCAUCCGGGGUAUGGGUGACUUCGACAGAGAGAAACCCGCAGCCGCUACCAUCGUGCACCGCGGAGAGUCGGCAGAGUUUCUGCGCCUUGUGCGCGCUGCGAAAAUCAAAGUUGAAGUAGGCAACAUCUCACGCCAUUCCAAGGAGAACGAAGACGAGAUUCUGAAGCGCGCUGUUAAGGUCCAGGAAGAUGGCGCCAACUCACUCAAUUCCGAGGAGACAGAUGAAGUAUACUGGGAUUCUCCAGGGUUUCAGGAAAAGUUUCUCAUCAAGCGUGCUGAAGAUAAAAUUGGCACCGACUCACGCCACUUUGAGGAGGGAUCAAUAUACGUAUACGUCAACGGUCCCUGGUUGCCUCUGUGGAGGGUGGAAUACAACGAGUUCUACAACCCCAACCCGCCUGCGUGGUUAGCUGAAGACGUUGAAGAUGGAGACCCGUUCUUUGACGCACUGGACGUGCCGAUGCAACUUGUCCAUUCUGAGAAGGGAUCAAUAUACGUAAACGGUCCGUGGUUGCCUCUGUGGAGGGUGGACUACGACGAAUUCUACAACCCCAACCCGCCUGCGUGGUUAGCUGAAGACGCAGAAGAUGAAGAACCGUUCUUUGACGCCAACCCGCCUGCGUGGCUAGCUGAAGACACGGGAGAUGAAGAGCCGUUCUUUGACGCGCUGGACGUGCCGGUACAAUUUGUCCCUCAGUACGCAGUCAAGGGACGGCAGCUCGGUCCUGUCCAGGAGUUGGAGCGGCCUCAUCAACUGCUGAUGGCCCUCAUCAUGUUCGUUAUGACGGAGUACUUCGUCUCCUUCCAGAUCCUGAUGUCGAGCGUGACAGAAUCGCUUGUAGACGCUAUGAAGAGCGCGUUUGCUGUUAUCCGGAUCUACUACGAGAAGAUCAAGCAGCUGAUCCUGCCCUUCAUCCCGUCCGUUGUCAAGAAUUUCAUCAUCUCAGUCUCCGGGCGCACCUGGAAGAUGCUGACCAGUGUGGCAGAGAUGCUUGGAGGCGCUAUGAACAUGGCAUUGUCAGUUGUCCAGAGCCACUCCGACAAGUUUCAGCUUGUGGUCAAUAGAACCAAACAGCUGCUGCAGCCCCUUGUCCCGUACGUCAUGAUGUUAAAGGACUCUAUGGUGUCCAUGGUGGGAUCCGCCCGGAUGAUGAUGGCGAGUCUAGGAGGCGCUAUGAACAGGGCGUUGUUACUACUCAGCUACGACAGGUUUCAGGCCGUGGUACUACUCAGCUACGACAGGUUUCAGGUCGUGGUCAGUAAGAUAAAACAGCUGCUCAAUGCCCUCAUCCCACCCGUUAUCCAGGAAUGUAUGGUCUCUUUCUACGGCUCCAUCCGGAUCCGGAUCACCAGUGUUGCAGAAUUGUUAGCAGGCGCUAUGAACAGGGCUUCCCCGUUUGUGAUCAAGUUCAAGGAGUGUAUCCUUUCUAUAUUUGGUUGUAUCUGGAUUCUGAUGAUUAGUAUGAUAGAACUGCUCGCAGGCGCUAUGCACAGGACGAUGUUAGUGUUGCACUACGCCAUCACCGAUCUCAUGUACCCUAGGCUGAAACAGCUGGUGCUGGCCUUCAUCGCCUCUGUUAUCAAGUUCAAGGAGUGUAUCCUCUCCAUAUACGGUUAUGCCCGGAUCCUGAUUAUCAAACUUGUAGAGACUUUAUGGGGCGCUGUGAAAAGGCUGUUACGAGUGUUGCACUACGUCGGCUACGAUCUGAUGUACACUAGCGUAAAACGGCUGGUGCUGGCCUUCAUCGCGUCUGUUAUCAGGUUAAAGGACAGGAUCAUCUCCUGUAUUCUCUUUAUCCUCAUCAUCAUUUAUCUGACGAGGCGCGCGUAUCAACAUAGAAACCAACUUAGACACCGGAUGAACUGACGUUACAUUGUUUAUGAAAAAAGUUAAAAAAAAAAAA